AUGAGCGUCGACGAGCUCCUGCCGCUUUCCACCGUGCGCGGUCACGACACAUCUGUAUCUUUAGUCUACUCCAUAUAUUCGUACCUCGACUCCCUGAAGGUGCAUCAGGCUCAAUGUCGGGAUCUCGGCCGCAAAUGCGGUCAACUACUAUUAUCCCUCGCGGAAUACACGCGAGAUUUAGACUUGGAGGAGAGGGCGGUGGUCGCGGACGAGGUAGAGCAAGUCAUUUCUCGGGUACACAACCGGAUACAUGCCUGGUCCGGAUACAGUCGUACGCGCGCUUUCAUCCGCCAGACGGAGAUCAGGCAAGGCGUUCAGGAUUCGUACGAUGAGCUGAACGAGUGCUCUGCCAAGUUUAGUAUGUCUCUCAGCCUGCAGCAAUCCAAUACAGACGGCCGUGCUGCGCUCGAAACAGAGGAUGGAGCACUAAUACGCGGGGUCAUGGCCGACGUCUUGCAAGAUCUCGGGGAGCUGAAGCUAUUGCUAUCGACGUACCCGCCGGAGGAGACGGAAGCAGUGAUGCAGGCUAUCCAGGAGGAACUGCACGCGACUAGCCACAACGCUCCCGACAUAGGCAUACUGCAUAAUGGGAUGUGGGAGUUACACCAACUAUCAGACAGACUACCUCCGUUAUCUGACCUCACCGGGCAAGUCACGAAGAGCAGCGAGAAGAGUGCUCUAGCAGGCGGGUCCAAUGAUAUCUACCGAGGUCAAUGGCUAGGACGCCAAGAGAUCUCCCUGUGGUUUCCUCGAAACCAGACGCCGGUUGCGCAGAUGCUGUUCCAAGAACAGGUUGAGCGAUGGCGAACCCUAGACCACGACAACAUCCUAAGACUCUAUGGGACGGCGGUGGUGGACGGCGCCGUGUGCUCCGUUAGUCCAUGGUUCGAGAGCGUUAUGGCACAGACGUAUGUGCAAGAACGUACUGCAAGCGAGAGGAUCCGCAUCUUAGCCGAUGUCGCAUCUGGCAUGGCUUACCUGCACGCGAAUGAUGUAGCCCACGGUGAUCUGCGAGGGGCGAACGUCAUGAUAUCCUCAACUGGGGAAGUCCGCCUAUCCAGCUACGGUCUUUCUGAGUUCUUCGAGGAGGGCAGUCCUUUACUUGUCCGAUGGCAGGCACCCGAAGUCAUCAAGCCCGCCACAACUGUUCCUGCGAUGCCACCCGCGGACGUCUGGUCCUUCGCCAUGCUAUGUCUUGAACUGCUCAGUGGGAAGCCACCUUAUUCUGAAUGUCCUAAGGAUACCACUGUAGCGGUCAUGGUUACCAACGGUACAUUGCCCAAGCGACCGUCACUUCGCACGACACCAACCCUCACGGAUGCACUUUGGGCGCUGUUCGAGCGUUGCUGGGUAGUGGAUCCCGCUGCUCGGCCAACAAUGAGCGAUGUUGAAUCAGUGCUACGAAAGCUUGUACCCUCUGCAGAGCGCUUUGUUCCUCGAAACCGAGGGAACGAAACACCAGUCACCGCAUCAUCUUCAAGCGAAUCCUGGGCCAGCGGCACACCCAGCACAAUAGCAACUUCCACAUCAGGCUCCGACGCGAGCUCACUCCGCCGCUUCCCUUCCGUUCUCUCACAGUUCUCCGCACGCCGCUCUUCUUCAUUCUCUUCUCCUGGGAAAACUCCCUCGUCGAGCACCUCCUCCGAUGUUCAUGCUCCGCCUCUCCCUUCAACAUCUUCCCGCGCACCGUCCCGGCAGUCAACGGCGCAUCCACAGCCUAAUGAGCAUUCCGCGCGCAGCCGCAGCAACAAAACGAACGCGGAUGGAAAGGGUCUUUUCCGUAUUGCGAGUCUCUCUCGUUUGCGCGCGAAGAACCGCUCGAAUGGGUCAGUCGGCGAUGAACCGGUGCCUCCUCUACCCGCGCCACCACCUCCCGCCGCGCGGGAUGCACAACAAGGCAGCGGUAACGUCGACAGCGCUGCGGGUCCCUCGAACCCACGACCGGGCAGUGUGGCCGGAGUCUACGCGCACCGCCCUGGUGCGAGCUUAACGUCGCUAGCAUCCCUUGACGAAAAAGUGCCGCGCGCAUCGACAUCGACCGCCUCGGGUCUGAGCUACUCUUUGGCGACGGCGCUAGCGGAUCCUGAACCCAUCGUACGCACCAACUCGGACGGACGAGUCGAGGCCGGUACAUUCGAAGGACUCGUUCAGAGACUCUUCACCGACAGCGGUCAGACGUCCGAGGACGUCGCAUACCGGUUCAUCUUCCUCGCAUGCUACCGCAUCUUCGCGUCUUCGUCUCAGCUAUUUCAACGACUGCGAGCGCAUUACGAGGAUGUCGAUGACGGGAACCACGAGAAUUGCGGGGAAGAUUGUAGGAUCAGGCGGUACUCCAUUUUGCUGCUCAUUCAGACGUGGCUGCAGUUGGACUACGAGGAUAUGGACGAGACUGUGCUCAUGACUAUCAUGGUGUUCGCACGAUCUGUGCAGGGAUCGCAGACGAUUUUGACCCUGUCACGGGAGAUUGUGGGUCUCGUCGAGCGCAAGAUAGCCUACAAAGAACCGGAUUACUCGCCCGGUCUUUCCGUGCACACAAACUCCCGCGUCUCCAUCCCCCGCGCCUCUGAGAUCCUGCCGCUCGAGCUCGCAGUGGCGCUCACCGUCCUGGAAGGCACCCUCUUCUCCCAAAUCACGCACUUCGACUGCCUCGCGCAACUGCAACGCCUCGCAGGAGCACGCCGCGUCGAGCGCGCGGUCGGGGCCAGUAAUCGCAUCAUGAACUGGGUCAAGAAGAGCAUCCUACGCUCCGACUCGCCAGACGUCCGCGCGGACGUAUACAAGUUCUUCGUCAAUACCGCCGAGGAAUGCGCGAAACUGGCCAACUUUGCCAGUAUGGCAGCGAUCGUGAAUGCCCUGCAGAGCACGACGAUCAAGCGGCUGGUGUUGACGCGGGAGCUCAGCAACCUCCGAAAACACGAGAAGGCCAUGUUGACUAGGAUGUGCGAGCUCCUCGAUCCGGGCCGCAAUCAUCGUGCAUACCGCGCUGCGAUACGCGAUCAUAAGAACGCGACUGUACCGUGGCUCGCGGUCCAUCUCCACGAUCUGCACGCCGUCCUCGUUUCGCAUCCAGCCGCCGUCGACGGGCCCGACAACCGCCCACUCAUCAACUUCUCGCGCUUCUCCGCUUUGACCGCUGCGAUACGCGACGUCCUACAGUUUAAAGUGCCCGAUCUGAGGCAACAGAAAAGUCCGGGUGUGCUGGCGUAUCUUGAGGGUCAGCUGCGUGCUACGCCGCCGGAUGCGAAUCUGGAGGCGUUUGAGGGGAGGAGUAGGCAGUUAGCGGAGGGCGAGGAGGUAUUGAGGGCGCAGAGGUUGCCGGAGUUGAGGGCGCUGGGGUUUGCUACGCCUGAGUCUCAUGGAGUCCCACUGUCGCGUUCGUCGACUGUUGCGUCGAGGCCGGAUCCGAGGCUGGCUGGGUUCAACUGA